AAAAAAAAGCUUUAGUAAUAAUUUUCACAUACCGAGAAACCAAAUUAAAGAAUCAAAACCUUUAAUCACUCCCACGUUCUCCAUCCCCCUACCUCCUUCAACCACGACUUCCACAGUUAACAUCGAAUUCAAGAGUUCAAUCCCGAUCUGAAUUCAAGAGUUUAACCCCAAUCCAAAUUCACUCAAACCGAAAUUUCCCAAAUCCAAAAUUACAGAGUUUCCUUGAAUACAAAUCCAUAUAUUUUCGUAUUUUAGCUUCUUCUUCCGGCGAAUGCUUCUCGGCGGCGGCUUAUUAUCUGGCGAACAUAUUUCCCUGCUACGUGUGGUUGAAUUAUCAAUUGGGGGUACACACUAAUGUUGCCAAGAAGUCUGCCAAGCUCAAAUGACGAAUGUAAAAACAUCAGUGAAUAGGAAUACACCGUAAUAUUGUAUUCCUCUUCGGAAUGGCAAAUUUGUUUAGUGCCGGGGAUGUUGUCUCCUGCACAUAUGUUUAACCAAUGAUUGUCAGGAGAGAGUUCUACGCUUUCUUCAAAGGAAAAAAACAUCAGAAGAUCCUGCAGGUCCGGGUUUUGACAUCAAUUGGGAACUUCUGCAUAUGUUCAAUCGCGGUUGGAAUGCUGAUUGAAAUAAUAGUGAUAUACGCAUUGCACCAAAGGCUAUACUGCGUUGGCAUAGACACUCUGGCCAUUGGUUCACAUCGCUUGGCACAACAGGGUGCAAUAACGAAGAGAAUGAAUGCGAUUGAGGAAAUGGCUGGCAUGGAUGGGUUGUGUAGUGACAAGACUGGCAAAUUCAUACUCAACAAGCUAACUGUUGAUAAAAACUUGAUUGAGGUAUUUUCCAAAGGUGUUGAUAUGGUCACGGUAGUGCUAAUGUCUGCAAGAGCAUCGAGGAUAGAAAAUCAAGAUGCUAUUGAUGGCGUUAUUGCGUCCAUGUUGUCUGACCCGAAGCAGGUAUAUUAUUAUACACUCAUAUAUGUUAUUGAGUGCCCAUCUGUUCGGCAUCUACAUACAUGAAGCUGAACUUCUUGGUAAGUUUGCCAAGUCAGGUAAUUAAGUUGAACUUUCUAGAAAGGCUUGGAAGUAUUUCUACGACUAACGAAAUUAAAUGAGCACUUUGUAGUUUGUAGUUACUCGAAACCCUUACUUAUGGAACUUUAGGUUUGAUCAUCUAUCAAGAGGUUUGGAGACUAACCGGUAAGGUUAGAGUUAUUGGUAAUAAAGAAAAUUUCCCAUUGGUUUUUAUUGCUGUUUCGAGUUGGUCUACCAUUCAGGGGGCGUGAGUAAGACCACUAAUACCUAUUCAUAUCUAUCUUUCUGAGGUGUAGAAUCUCUCUAAUUGAAAUAAUAUAGGAUUCCCUAGUACGUUAAAUCUGCCUGCUAAGAUCGAAAUGUUAUGGUGUUUUUAUCUAAGUGAAGGUCUAAUGUCAUGAACUUAUUUUCAGUUCGUCCGAGGAUGGGUAUGGAUGCUUUUCAAGUCUUGUGUUGCUUGCUGACCAGCGUGGUGGACGUGCUGCUUUCUACCGACUUUAUGCAUUGGUCCUAGGAGUCAGAGGACGAGUAUUGACAAUGUCAUAUUCUUCGCGUGUGAUCAUUGUGGUUGAUUAAUUAUGUUGACUCUGCAAGUUUGUAAUUUUAGUGUGUUUUUUGAAGUUAAGAGAA